AUGUAUGCCACGAUCUCACUGACACAGCCUCACCACCCACCAGCCUUCACUACAUCAUGGGAAAAGGAACUCAACCAUGUUAUACCACCAGACACAUGGUGUUUAAUAUUUAAACAAAUCCAUAGCUCCUCACGAAACACAUUAACCCAAGAAGGCAAUUUCAAAAGGAUAGUGCGGUGGCACUGCAUGCCAUCAAAACUAAAAUCACUAUUUCCCUUACUUCCAAACCAAUGCGAAGGUGCCACAAACCAGAUGGCAACACGACACACAUUUGGUGGUCGUGCCCAGUAGUCCACGGGUACUGGAAACUAAUACAUGGCCUGAUCCAGACCAUACUAAACAUAAGCAUCCCACUCACACCAGACAUCUUUCUCUUCCUCGUAACCCCCCAAACAGUACCCAAACUGAAAGUAGCUCUGUUAUUGUAUCUAAUAUCAGCCGCAAACAACUCAUCCCCGCAUUCUGGAACCAACCGUGGCUGGAUACAAAGGGUCGAAACAACCAGAGGCCUGGAAGAAACACGCCACUCAUUAACAGAUAA